AUGUCCUUCCCUCUGCACCGUAACCCGCCCUUUCGCGCCGAACACCUUGGCUCCCUCCUGCGCACUGACAAGCUGCUUGACACGCGUCAUGCCUGGGAGGCCGGGAAGGCGUCGGCUGAAGCUCUGCAGGAGAUCGAGGACGCCGACAUCAAGGACAUCGUGAAGCUACAGCUCGAGCUGGGGUUCCAAGCCCUCACCGAUGGCGAAUACAGAAGACAUAUGUUCUGGGGAUCAUUCUUCCCCGGGCUAGAGGGAAUGACCGAGAUUGAACACCCGGAUCCAGACCUCUUCCGCAUGUACAUCCCAGACAUCGCCGCCUUCACCGAGGAGGGCUACAAACCCGGCGAGACGAUGUUGUGCACGGGCAAGAUCAGGCACAAGGGCAGCACCUACACCGCCCAGUUCGACUUCCUCAAAGGACUCGUGCCCCAGUCCCAGUGGAAGAACCUCAAGCUCACCCUUGCCGCCCCCAACUGGUAUCAUCUCAGGUACAAGCAGGGUAAAGCGUAUCCCGCCGACGUGUACAAGAACGAUGAUGAGUACUUUGCCGACAUUGCCAAAGCCUACCAAGAGGAACUGCGAAUUUUGUACGACCAUGGAUUGAGAAAUGUGCAGUUUGAUGAUCCCAAUUUGGCUUAUUUCUGCUCCGAAGCCAUGAUCGCUGGUUGGGAAAAAGACCCUCUAAACACCUACUCCACCGACGAGCUUCUCGCCAAGUACAUCGACCUGUACAAUGCAUGCAUCUCUCAAAUUCCCUCAGACAUGCAUGUCGGCGUCCACCUCUGUCGGGGCAACUUUGUCAACUCGCGCCACUUCUCCGAGGGUGGCUACGACCGUAUCGCCACCCUACUCUUCCAGAAUCUCAACAUGCAUACGUAUUACCUGGAAUACGACACUCCGCGGGCUGGCGGCUUUGAACCGCUGCAGCACCUGCCCAAGAACAAGAACGUCAUUCUGGGUGUGGUGACAAGCAAAUUUCCCAAGAUGGAGGACGAGGAGGAGAUGGUGAAGCGGAUCAAAGAGGCUGCCGGCUGGAUGUGCAAGGGUACGGGGGAGAGUGAGAAAGAAGCUCUCAACAGGUGUGGUGUCAGUCCGCAGUGCGGGUUUGCGAGCCAUUCGAGCGGUAACGCAGUCAAGAGAGCGGAUAUGAUCGAGAAAUUGAAGUUGGUGAGGAGGAUUGCGGAUCGCAUCUGGCCUGGGGAGCCGUAA